CCUGAUAUAAGGUAGAAUACAAACAAAUAGGUUAUCAAUUACAUGCACAUAAUUGUUCAUACGGUUAUAUUAUAAAACGAAAUAUUUUAUUUUAAAUUUAUAAAGAGCUCCAAAAAAUAGACAGAUGAAAUUUACAACAGAAUCGAUCGCACGAUGUGCAGCACGACUAGGAUUCCUUUCGGAAUUGGAAAGAUUUCCCGAUUCAGUAUAUGAAACGCCUCUUUUAUUACUUCAUACAAGGGGAGGCAGUAUACCGCAUCUAACCCAACCAAUUUUAACUCAAAUAUUAACUACAGACAAACACAUGUUGUCGAUUCCAUUACCGUCCAUUAUCACGAUGAAGGAUGCUACACAAAAUUUAAACUCUUUAUCAGAACUUACCGGUAUGGAGAAAUAUCCAAACUUCUUAACGAUCCAUGAUCCUGCAGUCCAAAUGAUUCCUGGGUAUCAGAAACACCAUUCAACAGCAGUAUGGUCAAGACAUGGAAAGCAAUCAUUAAAUCCUGACAAAUAUAUGGAGUUGGUUGAAAUUUUUAAACCAGAUAUUUAUGUUGCCCUUUGUGAUGGUUAUACCGAUCAUUCAAGUAGUGAAAAACGUAUAAUGAAAGCAGUUGAAAGGAGUCGUAUUCAAUUUUUUAAAUGCAUGGAAAGACAUAAAAAAUCCAGAAUAAUAAGUAAUAGUGGAAUUUUGGGACCAGUAGAAGGAGGAUAUAAUUUAGCUGCUCGUAAACGGUCGAUAGAGUAUUUAAUUCAAGAAGAUGUUGAUGGCUAUGUAAUUGAUGGACUACAAUUCGGUGGACCAACUGUUCAAGAUAUUCAAUUCGAAACAAUUAAAAAUACUGUUGAAUAUACUUUGAGCUUAUUACCGACUGAAAAAAUGAAAGUAUCAUUAGGAUGUUGGAAUCCAUCAGUUAUUCUUGAGUUAAUUGAUUUAGGAGUUGAUAUAUUCGAUUCAUCUUAUCCUUAUGUCAUAACAGAAUCAUGGAAGGCUCUAACAUUUAUGUGCUUAUUUCACAACCAUUCAGAAAAUCGAGAAUGCAUAUUAUUGAUGAAUGAAUCAAGAUUUGCUAAUGAUUUUUCACCAAUUUGUAAAUUGUGUGAAUGUUUAACAUGUAAAAAUCAUACACGAGCAUACAUAAGGCAUUUGUGUGUAACUAAUGAGUUACUUGGAUACAUACUUUUAAUGAUACAUAAUAUACAUCAAUAUUUAAAAUUCUUUGAAACGAUUCGAGAAAAAUUGAAAGAUGGAUCAUUUUCACAAUUUAAAAUACAAUUGAUAAAUCAUUUAUCAAAGAAUAGUUGAUAUUUAUUUGCAUAAAUAAAUAGAAUUUUAUAUUUAAAAAAAACUCAUGUUAAAAUAUUUUGUUCAUUUAUUUAUGAAUAAAAAGUCUAAUCUACGUUUAAUCUGGUAAAAAAUUUGUAUC